AUGGCGUCGUGGCUGAUGCGGCUGAAAUACGUGACUCAGAAGUGCUCCCUGUACAGCUACGUCAUCAUGCGCACCCACAUGGAGCAGCAUCAAGGGCAGCUUCCCCCCUUUGGCAAGCUAGUGAGGGCUCUUAACAGAAUUGUGCAGCACGAGAAAUCGUAUCUGACAUCUCUGAAGCCUUCUUUGUUACGAGAUGAGACCAUGAAGCCGACUAUAAAGGGGAUGAAGGACGAGUGGGUGCUCUACCGGUUUCUGUUGCCGCCCACUUGGCAUACUAUUUCCGUUGGAGACGUGGUGGGGUUCCAAGUAGACCCCAAACGUGUCUCUGCUGCGUCUGCUUCUGCUUCGCUCGCUUCUGCUUCUGCUUCGCUCGCUUCUGCUUCUGCUUCGCCUGCUUCUGCUUCUGCUGCUUCUGCUUCGCUUGCUUCUGCUGCUUCUCCUGCUACCGAGGGUGUUGAACCACCCAGUUCCGACUCAGAAGCCACUGUCAAGACGCAAGCAGGACCCAGUUCCGAGUCAACUGAAAAGGCCAAUCCAGAAGGUUUUGAUUCAAAACUCUCCAACUCAGAACGUUCCAACUCAGAAGCCACUCUCAAGGCAAAAGCAGCACCCAGUUCGUUUCCGGUUAUCUUUCGGCGAGUGGCAGCCGUUGAGGGAGACGAGAUGGUGUCAUCUCAGCCGUCGGAUGAGCCGUUUCGGAUAGACAAGGACCAAUACUGGGUGCUUGCAGACAACCCGGCUGUUCCUGCAAAGGAGGCCCUAGACAGCCGCACUCUUGGUCCCGUGCACGUGAGGGACAUGGUGGGAAGAGCACUGUACGUGGUGCGCUCAGCACUGGACCACGAACCCAUUCACAACAGUGAUCAGGCCAUGUUAGCCGACUCAGCAGUAAUGGCAAUGGAGUGCAAUAUUGAGGACCUGCUGAAGCGGAAAAAUGAAGAAAGGCGGUGA